AGGCCGGAUGUGACGUCACUAGUGCGUCUCCGCCGGCUUCGGGGGCGGGGCGCGGAGAGAACCAGAUCGAGGCUGGGGGAGGCCCGGAGCGCGGAAGCGGAGAGGCGGAACAACCCAGCCCUGAUGCCUGACCACGGAGAUGUGAGCCUCCCCCCGGACGAGAGGGUCAGAGCCCUCAUCCAGGUAGGCAGCGCAGUGGAGGUCAACGAAGAUGUUCCCCCCCGCCGAUACUUUCGUUCAGGAGUGGAGAUCAUCCGCAUGGCGUCUGUUUACUUUGAGGAAGGCAACAUCGAGAAUGCCUUCAUCCUCUACAACAAAUAUAUCACGCUUUUUCUUGAGAAGCUACCAAAGCACAGAGACUACAAGACGGCGGUCAUCCCUGAAAAGAAAGAAACUGUGAAGAAACUAAAAGAGAUCGCUUUUCCCAAAGCAGAAGAGUUGAAGAAGGAGCUGCUAAAGAGAUAUACCAAAGAGUAUGUGGAAUACAAUGGGAGAAAGAAGAGGGAAACAGAGGAGUUUGCUCGGAACUUGGCCAUCCAGCAGCAGCUGGAAGAGGAACGACAGAGAGUAGCCCAGCAGAAGCAGCAGCAAGCAGAACAGGAACAGUUUCAUGCCUUUGAAGAAAUGAUCCGUCGGCAGGAGCUGGAAAAGGAGCGCCUCCGGAUAGUGCAGGAGUUUGGGAGGCCAGACGCAGGUCCCGAGGUUCCGGGUGGUCCCCUGGUACCUGGUGUAGAGAGGCCCCCGACAGAAGUGUUUCCUCCAGCGCCUGGCCUCCCUAGCCUGGGGUCCCUGCCAGCCAAGCCCCCGGCGGUGGACAGGUCCUUGAAGCCCGGAGCUCUGAGCAGCCCAGAGCAUAUACCCACAGUAGAUGGACUUCGCCAUAUGGUGGUGCCCCAGAUGCUCUGCCCACAGUUUCUCCAGUUGGCAGAUGCCAACACCGUCCGUGGUGUGGAGACGUGUGGGAUCCUCUGUGGGAAGCUGAUGAAGAAUGAGUUCACCAUCACCCACGUCCUCAUCCCCAAGCAGAGCUCAGGCCCUGAUUACUGCAACACAGAGAACGAGGAGGAGCUGUUCCUCAUCCAGGAUCAGCAGGGCCUCAUCACUCUGGGCUGGAUACACACUCACCCCACGCAGACGGCCUUCCUCUCCAGCGUGGACCUGCACACACACUGCUCGUAUCAGAUGAUGCUGCCAGAGUCGAUUGCCAUCGUCUGCUCCCCCAAGUUUCAGGAAACAGGAUUCUUUAGGCUGACAGACCAUGGAUUGGAGGAGAUUUCUUCCUGUCGCCAAAAAGGAUUUCAUCCACACUGCAAGGAUCCCCCUCUGUUCUGUACCUGCAGUCAUGUGACCGUUGUGGACCGAGCAGUCGUCAUCACUGACCUUCGAUGAGAUGUCGACCUUCACACCUUCCAGUUACUGUAAAAGAGCUCUCCGCACACUGUAGCCCCUUCUCUUUGUCCUCCAGAAAUGCUCGGGAGCUUCAGGGGAGGUUUGCCUUUAGGUUUCGGGGACUUCUAACUGCAAAAAGGAAUCUGACGUCAGCCGAGGGAGAGCUGGCUGUUCUGUACUUUGAGCUGAAAAAGAAAUGCCAGAACACAGUGCAAGGGGGGGGUUGGAGUCUGUUUUUCACUGACAGUACUAAUCUAACUUCUCUAACUUAGCUCCCUGCUUCUCUCUUUCAUUGUCACUGGUUGAUUUGUUUCCAGUUGAACAGACUGAGGGCAUGUGUACGAGCAGAACUGUGCUGACCCAUUUAAGGGUCUUUUCUACCCUCCUGCGAUUUUGAAAGGGUUAAACACAUGGACACUUUAAAAAUAUGAUACCGUGUCCCAUGGCAGGGAGUCACUUCCUUUGGGGAGAUUGCUUCCCUGCCGAGAUUGGCCUUGACUCAGGGCUAGGACGGAGCAAGGGGAGGGCAGAGAAAUCUGACCAGGUGGAUCAAGGGAAAACAGGAUAGCUCACAAAACACUUUUGUGUGGCUGGCCAGAGAUAUUUUUGUUGUUUAACAAAUGGUUCCAGAGAAGUUUUUUUUUCCCCCUAAAAUAAAAUGAUUAAAUAAACUCAACCAUUACCCUCCACUCUGGAGUAACCAGCUAGAGCAGGAGUGUGUUUACACACUGUUAGGAAGAAAGACUUGGGCCCGGGGCUGGGAGAGAACUGGGGCAUUUGUCCUCUGUCACUUCCCCCACUGUCAUGCCCUUUCUUCUGUUUUCUCCUGAGCCAGAAGGUGUGUUCUAGGAUGGAAGAGAGGUGCCCUUUCCCUGAGAUGUGGAGCCUUUAUUGUGCCUCAAGGAAUCCUUCUGUUUGUUGAUUUCAUAUGCCCAGUCAGCAAGAUUUAACCUUUUGUCGAGAAGCACCAUCUUGUACCAUCUCAUGCCCCAGCCGUCUCUUUGGUCACGUUUCCUUGGCUUUUUUUCUCUUGACCUUUAUUGUAUCCCAAGUAAGGGGUAGUUUAGAGCUGCUGUUGGUUUUUUUGUCCUUUUUCUUAAAGAAAAAAAAAGUUUUCUGGAUGCCUUCUGUUUUUACAUUGCAGUUAUUUCUGGGAGUACUGCUCCCCCAACUCUACUUCUUGGGAAUUGAGCCUUCCCUUGUAGCAAAGAACAAGCUCAUGAAAAGCACCCGUGCUGUGGCUCAGCUGAUGACAUCUCCAGCCUUCGGCCCUGGCCAUUGUCCACCUCCCUGCUAAGAGGAGGGCUCCAGGACUGUUGCUGGGCUCUGGUCUUGUCUGCUUUGGCUGGGGUUGUCUUCACAGUCUGCCUUCCUUUUACCAAUGGUUUCAUUUACACUGGUGUUAGUCAUUGCAUGCACUCUUAUUUUGGUUCUCUUUCUUCCACUGUGCAUCAUUUCAUAAAAAGCUUCGGUUUUCUCUGAAAUUCUCGUACUUGUCACUUCUAGUCCCAUAGUAUUCCAUGACAUUGAUAUACCAGUUUGUUCAGCCACCCCUCGCUGUUCGUGGGCACCCCCUUUGCUUACACUUCUUUGCUACUACAAAAAGCAUUGCUCAUAAUAUUCUAGCUUCCAGGGGUGGGGAACCUGCAGCCUCACGGCCACACGUGGCCCUCUAGAUCCUCAAAUGUGGCCCUUUGACUGAAUCCAAGCUUCACAGAACAAAUGCCCUUAAUAAACAGAUUUGUUUUCUAGACUACA